CAAGCAGCCGCUAGUUCCCAACAAUGUGACAGCCGUGUCACCGGAGAUCCGCACCGACACAUCCCACCACCGGCAAUUUACCGCAGGCCCCGGGGACCCCCACUCCGGGUGUUUACAUGGAAGGAGCUCCUCCGGUGGAGAAAAUGUCUUCAUUUCAAGGAUCGCCUGUUGGUGUCGGAAUAGAAAGGAAGCAGGAGGAUAGUAGAUCUCCCUGUAUGAUCCUUGGUAACCCUGUGUUCUCCUGUACAAUGAAUCCCAGCACUUCCACGAGCCGUGUAUUCCAGGCCAGACCAGAAAGCAUCCUGUUCAGAACCACGUCCAGUGAAUAUGGUGCCAUACGCCCAUCCUAUGAGAUGGCACCAUGUUACCACUAUCCUGUCUCUCAGCAGUUUUCUGAACACCUGGGGACUUGUGGCAUGUACAGAAAUCACUCGUUCAACACGGUGGUUGACAAAAGUAGGGUGCACGACUGUGUGAACCUGCACAGUACAAUAUAAUUCUGUGAUAACCAAUUGGGAACACAGGCUAUUCUUACUUUGCUCUAGAUUUCUAUUAUUAAUGGCUGUUUUUUACAUUUGACAAAUACUGCAAUGUAAAAUGUAAUAAAUUACCAAUUCC